UGAAUCACAACUCCAUUUACCUGUUGCCUGUCAAUCCAUCUGGAGUAGAUGAUGGUGCGGAUGCUGCUUCCAACAUGGCUGAUGCGUGUAACAACCUUAUGUCUAAGAGAUCAAGUUACACGUGUUCUUCUGGACAAUCACCUGGUGGUUAUGUGUGUCCGACUCAGGAGGUGUUGCAGUAUAUUUUAGACGUGGCCAAUAAUUAUGCAAGUCCAAGUAACCAGCUCCAGGUGAAUUCCAUAACGGGUGCUUGCCAUUCAUCGACUUCGAGACAUUACAGUGGAUAUGCGGUCGAUUUCCAAAUAAAAGCAAACAGUCCCUACGAAUCAUACAUGAGUAUGUGUGCAGUUAGUGGAGCUGUUGAAAAUCUCGGACCAGGCACACCAGGUCAUUCAACCCACACUCAUUGCGCAUUUAAUUAGGAGUAUGGCUAAAUCCCGCGGAGCUGGAAAAAUAUUGCGAUAAUACCAAGUAUAUACAACAUCGUGCUUUAUAUUGAAAUCAUCCAUUCGUUAUUUA